AUGAAACCUCACGGGGAGUGUUGUGGGGGCGCGAGCCACCACCACGAACCCGAAGAAACCGGUGUUAGUUAUAGUUUAUACGCUAAAAUUAACAAAGACCAUUUACAGUGUUUAAAUGAAGCCGUCGAAGGUACCGGGAAAAAUGUGUUCAAACCCUGGGAAGAGCGUUUUAAUUUCGAAGUGUUUGUGGAGUCAGAUGCCGAUGAAGAGCUCCUGUUUAACAUACCGUUUGUAGGAAAUGUUAAAUUAAAAGCGAUAAAAGUCAUAGGGGAGGACUCCGAUACACAUCCUUCUAAAAUGCGAUUAUUCAAGAACCGCCCUUCGAUGACUUUCGACGAUACCAGCGCACAAGCAGAUCAAGAAUUUGAAUUAGUUAAAGACAUUUCUGGAUCAGCUGAAUACAACACAAAAGUUGUCACUUUUAAUAGUGUAAACCAUUUAACACUGCAUUUUCCGAGCAACUUUGGCGCAGAAACGACGAAAAUAUACUAUAUAGGUCUGAAAGGAGAGUUCACAGAAGCUCAUCAUCAUGGAGUUACGAUUUGCACCUACGAAGCUAGACCAAUGAUGAAAGACCAUAAGAAUCCUCUGGAAGAAAUUACCCAAGCCCGUUUGGGCCAAUGA